CCACAGCUGCAUGGGGGCACAGUGCCAGGAGGUUUGGCUGAGUCCCUUCUCCGUGUCACAGCUGUGUGUGGCACUGUCCUUGCUGGGCAACCCCUCCGUGCUGCUCCUGGACGAGCCCUCCACCGGCAUGGAUCCCAACGGGCAGCGCUGUGUCUGGAAAACCAUCCGGGAUGCCCUGAAAAGCCAGGAGUCGGGAGCCAUCCUGACCACACACUACAUGGAGGAGGCAGAGGCCGUGUGUGACCGUGUGGCCAUCCUGGUGUCAGGGCAGCUCCGGUGCAUUGGCUCCAUCCAGUACCUGAAGAACAAGUUUGGCAGAGGAUAUCUCCUGGAAAUCAAGGCCAAGGAUGCAGAGAGCUCUGAUGCUCUGCACGCUCAGGUUCUGAAGAUUUUCCCGGGUGCAGCCCGCCAGGACAGGUUCCCCUCUUUGCUUGUCUACAAGGUCCCAAUGAGAGAUGCCCUGCCCCUGUCCCAGUCCUUCUCCAAGCUGGAGGAAGCCAAACGAAGCUGCGGCCUCGAGGAGUACAGCUUCUCCUUGAAUACUCUGUCUCAGGUGUUUCUGGAGCUCUCCCGAGAGCAGGAAAAGGAAAACUUUGAUCUGACUUUGGAUGGGACUUUUGACUGGAAGCAGCUGCAGCAGGAGGACUGUUGA